AUGGCGUCGAGGGUCGCAAUUCUGAGAAACAUCGUCGGCACUACCUGGUGCUGCACUUCCGGAUCCAGGCGUUGGGUACACAAUGUCGCCGCCGCCAUGACUCCGCCGUUGAGCAAUUUCCUUCACCAUCCUUCUCUUCCUCCGCCUCUGCUGUUUCCGUGGUCCCUUCCGAAUCCGAAUAGGGAUGGCGAGUGGAGCAACCACGUGGGCAUCGAUGGCGAUUCGGGAGGGCUAGGGUUCCCGGGUUCCCCAGUUGGUGAAGCUAUGGAGCUAGCUGUUCCUAAGAGAAAGGUUUCUCCUCAUAAGAGAGGGAUAAGAAAUGGGCCAAAGGCUUUGAAGCCAACACCUGUGAUUAUUCGCUGCCGGGUUUGUGGCCGAGUAAAGCUGCCACACUUCUACUGUUGCAGUGGACACAAGGAGAACGCAAACGAGAAGAAUGGCUGA